UCCUCUCUCUCUCUCCCCCGUUGCAUUAUCAGUGAGUGAAGUCUUGUGUUUGGGAUGACUGACUGACAGAUCCCAAACCUGAAGCUUCCCACAGCAGCUGACAGCUCCGCAAUUACAGUGGGAGGGGAGGAUCUCUCUCUCUCUCUCUCUCUCUCUCUCUCUCUCUCUCUCUCUCUCUCCUUCUCUCGCUACCCACACAUCCACACUCUAAACGUCAGAUUCAGUGUUCCAAGGAGUGGGGCGCUGCAUGCAGGGCUAGACCAGUUCAUAUGUGGUGGUGAUGGCUGGAGGCAUAGAGGACUAGCGGCUACACCUCGCUCUCUGUUUCUCUCUUCUUUCCGUCCUCCUCCUCUGCUUUCCCGCAGAGUCCUGGGAGCGGACGACUCGGCUUGAGCGUCUGCCUGCCCUUGGCGGAAAGUCGCCCGCUGGGAAUCUACUGAAUCAAAAUAUUUUUAACCCUUCGCUGGCGUUCAUAUCUUUGGGACUCUGGGACUCUUUGGGGAAAUUCUAAAGGAGAUUUGGGUAGAUUCUUCUGGAAUCGCUGUAGUAGGAAGUAGCGGGCAGCCAUGGCACACGCUGCAGCCCACAUUAAGAAGGCCAGGGUGGAGCUGGUGGAGCAGCAGGGUCCUGACCUGAAGGCUCUGGAGAAAGCCCGCCAGAGGAGGAUACGCUCCCGGGAACGGGCAGAGCGCAAACGCAAGUCGGACAGCAACACCAGCUUCCUACGAGCGGCAAGGGCGGGGAACAUCGACAAGGUUCUGGAGUACCUGAAGGGGGGAGUGGACAUAGGCACCUGUAAUCAGAAUGGGCUCAAUGCGUUGCACCUGGCAGCUAAGGAGGGCCACGUGGAGCUGGUCCAGGAGCUGCUGGAGAGAGGCUCAGCUGUGGACUCAGCCACCAAGAAAGGGAACACAUCCCUCCACAUUGCCUCUCUGGCCGGACAGGCCGAGGUGGUGAAGAUACUGGUGAAGCGCGGAGCAGAAAUCAACUCUCAAUCUCAGAAUGGCUUCACCCCUCUGUACAUGGCUGCUCAGGAGAACCAUAUAGACGUGGUGCGUUACUUACUGGAGAACGGAGGUAACCAGAGCACCGCUACAGAGGAUGGCUUCACCCCACUGGCCAUCGCUCUGCAGCAGGGCCACAACCAGGUGGUGUCCGUCCUGCUGGAGAACGACACCAAGGGUAAGGUGCGGCUGCCCGCCCUGCACAUCGCCGCCCGCAAGGACGACACCAAGUCUGCUGCGCUGCUCCUCCAGAAUGACCACAAUGCAGACGUGCAGUCCAAGAUGAUGGUCAAUAGGACUACGGAGAAUGGAAAGAGUGGAUUCACGCCACUUCAUAUCGCUGCCCACUAUGGAAACGUGAACGUGGCCACACUACUACUAAAUCGUGGGGCGGCUGUGGACUUUACAGCUAGGAAUGGGAUCACGCCCCUCCACGUGGCCUCUAAGCGUGGCAACGCUAACAUGGUGCGCCUCCUACUGGACAGGGGUUCUCAGAUCGAUGCUAAGACCAGAGACGGCCUCACACCUCUACACUGUGCGGCCAGGAGUGGACAUGACCCUGCAGUGGAGCUACUGCUGGAGAGAGGAGCACCCAUGCUGGCCAGGACCAAGAACGGUCUGUCUCCUCUCCACAUGUCAGCGCAAGGCGACCAUGUCGAGUGUGUCAAGCACCUGCUGCAGCACAAGGCGCCUGUUGAUGAUGUUACACUGGACUACCUGACGGCGCUGCACGUCGCUGCUCACUGCGGUCACUACAGAGUCACCAAGCUGCUGCUGGACAAGAGGGCCAACCCCAACGCUAGAGCACUGAAUGGCUUCACCCCGCUGCACAUCGCCUGUAAGAAGAAUAGAGUGAAGGUGAUGGAGCUGCUGGUCAAGUAUGGAGCUUCUAUCCAGGCCAUCACAGAGUCUGGUCUGACUCCUAUCCACGUAGCAGCCUUCAUGGGUCACCUCAACAUCGUCCUACUGCUGCUACAGAACGGAGCCUCGCCUGACGUCAGCAACAUUCGUGGGGAGACUGCUCUACACAUGGCGGCCAGGGCAGGACAGGUGGAGGUGGUGCGCUGUCUGUUGAGGAACGGAGCCAUGGUGGACGCCAGAGCCAGGGAGGACCAGACUCCCCUCCACAUCGCGUCUCGUCUGGGGAAGACUGAGAUAGUCCAGCUGCUACUGCAGCAUAUGGCCCACCCUGACGCCUCCACGACUAACGGAUACACACCCUUACACAUCUCAGCCAGGGAGGGACAGGUGGACGUGGCUUCAGUGCUGCUGGAGGCAGGCGCCUCACACUCACUGGCUACUAAGAAAGGAUUCACUCCCCUGCAUGUGGCGUCCAAGUACGGAAGCCUGGAUGUGACCAAACUUCUCCUGCAGAAAAGAGCCCCUCCUGAUUCUGCUGGGAAGAACGGCCUCACGCCCCUCCAUGUCGCAGCGCAUUACGAUAACCAGAAGGUGGCGCUCCUGCUUUUGGACAAAGGGGCCUCCCCCCACGCAACGGCCAAGAACGGCUACACCCCCCUCCACAUUGCGGCGAAGAAGAACCAGAUGGACAUAGCGAUGGUGCUGCUGCAGUACGGGGCGGAGACCAACAUCCUGACCAAGCAGGGCGUCACCCCCCUACACCUGGCCUCACAGGAGGGACACGCUGACAUGGCCGCCCUGCUCAUGGAGAAGGGGACUCAAGUCAAUGUCCCCACCAAGAGUGGCCUCACCUCCCUCCAUCUGGCUGCCCAGGAGGACAAGGUGGCUGUGGGUGAGAUACUGGCUAAACAUGGAGCCAACCUGGACCAGCAAACUAAGUUGGGCUACACUCCUCUGAUCGUAGCGUGUCACUAUGGCAAUGCCAAGAUGGUCAACUUCCUCUUACAGAACGGUGCUAGUGUCAACGCCAAAACCAAGAAUGGAUAUACUCCCCUCCACCAAGCAGCACAGCAAGGAAACACACACAUCAUCAAUCUACUGCUGCAGAAUGGAGCUAAGCCAAACAACAUCACUGCGAAUGGUAACACAGCUCUGGCCAUCGCCCGGCGACUUGGCUACAUCUCGGUGGUGGACACACUCAAGGUUGUCACCGAGGAGAUCAUUACCUCGACAACCACGGUGACAGAGAAACACAAGUUGAACGUCCCUGAGACCAUGACUGAAGUCCUAGAUGUCUCUGAUGAGGAGGGCCUACAUACUGUACCCACAGUGCUGAAAGAGAGUGAGGAUGAUGUUCUGUCCGAUGACUCCAUGGAUUUAGAAGGUGAUGACACGAUGACAGGGGACGGAGGGGAGUACUUGAGGGCAGAGGACCUGAGGGAACUGGGAGAUGACUCCCUGCCUGGACAGUACCUGGAUGGGAUGAACUACCUGCGCUUUAGUCUGGAGGGGGGACACUCUGACAGUCGAAUACAAAGUUCGGACAGGUCCUACACUCCCAGUUACCAUGGUUACUACUCUCCCAAACAUGAAAGCAUGAUGGAGGAGAUGCUCACCAGCCAGAACGUGUCGUCUCUUGCCAGGGAAAAUGAAAAGGAUUUGUAUCGUCUGAGUUGGGGCACAGAAAAUCUGGACAAUGUGGCACUGUCCUCCAGCCCCAUCCACUCUGGCCGUUCCUCUCCGUGCCAUGAUCAUGGCGACAGCAGCUUCCUGGUUAGCUUCAUGGUGGACGCCAGGGGCGGAGCCAUGCGGGGUUGCCGCCACAACGGCCUGCGCAUCAUCAUCCCGCCGCGGAAGUGCAGCGCGCCCACGCGGGUGACCUGCCGGCUGGUGAAGAGGCACCGCCUGGCCACCAUGCCCCCCAUGGUGGAGGGAGAGGGCCUGGCCAGCAGGCUUAUCGAGGUGGGGCCCGUCGGAGCCCAGUUCCUCGGUAAACUGCACCUUCCCACUGCCCCGCCCCCUCUUAACGAGGGUGAGAGCCUCGUUAGCCGCAUCCUGCAGCUCGGGCCACCCGGGACAAAAUUCCUCGGGCCUGUAGUCGUGGAGAUCCCUCACUUCGCUGCCCUGAGGGGGAAGGAGAGGGAGCUGGUGAUCAUGAGGAGUGAGACAGGAGAGAGCUGGAAGGAGCACCACUGUGAACACACCGAGGAGGAGCUCAACCAGAUCCUCAACGGCAUGGAUGAAGAACUGGACCCUCCAGAGGAACUGGAGAAGAAGCGUAUUUGCCGCAUCAUCACCAGGGACUUCCCACAGUACUUUGCGGUGGUGUCCCGGGUCAAACAGGACAGUAACCUGAUCGGUCCAGAGGGGGGCAUCCUCAGCAGCACGGUGGUGUCUACGGUCCAGGCGGUCUUCCCAGAGGGAGCACUCACCAAGAGGAUCAAAGUGGGACUACAGGCUCAGCCAAUGAACGUGGACGUGGUGAAGAAGCUCCUGGGGAACAAGGCAACGUUCAGCCCCAUCGUGACCCUGGAGCCCCGGAGGAGGAAGUUCCAUAAACCAAUAACCAUGACCAUCCCCAUUCCCAAGAGUAACACUGACCCUGUGGUCAACGGCUUCGGAGGGGACCAGCCCACCCUGCGCCUGCUCUGUAGUAUCACAGGUGGAACGACGCCAGCCCAAUGGGAGGACAUUACAGGAACCACGCCCCUAACGUUCAUCAACGACUGUGUCUCCUUCACGACCAACGUGUCGGCCAGGUUCUGGCUGAUAGACUGUCGGCAGGUGCAGGAGUCAGUCAACUUCUCCACUUCGGUCUACAGGGAGAUCAUCUGUGUUCCCUACAUGGCCAAGUUCGUCAUCUUCGCCAAGACCCACGACCACAUUGAAGCGCGGCUCCGCUGCUUCUGUAUGACUGACGACAAGAUGGACAAGACCCUCGAGCAGCAGGAGAACUUCACAGAGGUGGCCAGGAGCAGAGACGUAGAGGUCCUGGAGGGCAAACCCAUCUAUGCAGACUGCUUUGGCAACCUGGUCCCUCUCACUAAGAGUGGCCAGCACCACCUCUUCAGCUUCUUUGCCUUCAAAGAGAACAGGCUGGCACUCUUCAUCAAGAUCCGAGACAACACCCAGGAUCCGUGUGGCCGUUUGUCCUUUAUGAAAGAACCCAGGUCUUAUAGAAGUCUGGCCCACAACGCCAUAUGCAACCUGAACAUCACACUACCAUCCUACUCAAAGGAAUCUGAUUCAGACCAAGAGGCUGAGGAAGAGAUCAGCAGGACGCUCGAGAAAUAUGACGAAGACGCUACAUCAACGGAGACUACAGUCCAGAAGAGAGAUUUGAUCCGAGAUUCUACGGCUCUGGCCAGUCCGGACCUCCUCUCCGAUGUGUCUGAGAUGAAACAAGACCUGAUCAAAAUGACCGCCAUCCUAACCACAGAUUCCACAGAAAAAUCCAGUUCCAUGGAAGGGAGCGGUCUGGAAAAAGGGGCUGAGGAGGUUCAGGGCGAGCCGUUUGAAAUCAUGGAGAAGGUCAAAGAGGAUUUGGAGAAAGUGGGCAAGAUACUUAGGAGUGGAACAUAUGAGGGUGAGGUGGCAAAGGAGGUGGCAAGAGCAGCCAGAAUGAAAGAAGAGUGGGUCCUCCUCUCAGACUGUGAGAUAGAGGAGGCCAAACAUAUGGCUGCCUUAGAACCCCAGGAACCCAUACUACGUGAAGUCAGAGUCAACAGAGGGAUUCCCAGACCUAAAGCCAUCAAAGACGUGUCCGGGAUGGUCACACACCUGAGUGGUGAACUCAAAGAAUAUCUCCUGGAUGUACCUGAGGGCACCAGUACAACAGCCCAGGGGGAAGUGGUCCAAGAGAAAUUCACAGAGGUAGUCCUGCGCAAAGGCGCAAAAAGAACCAUGACAACAACAACAACAAAAACAACAACAACUACAACAACAAAGAAGGACAUCAAAACUCCUGCUUUUGACCUAAACAAGCCAGUCAGGAGGAAAGGAAAGGACCAGGAACAGGCAGAGGAAUCUACCGAUGGGGAUGCUCUCCUUAGCGCACCCAAAGACCCUAAACCAGUGUCACCUGUGUCCCCAGUAGUAGAGGAGACCCCCAUUGGGUCCAUAAAAGACAAAGUCAAAGCCCUUCAGCAGAAAGUGGAGGCAGAGCAAAAGGGCCGAAAGCCAACUAGCACCAAACCUUCAAAUGUUGCUGUGGAGAGCAAAAUACCACAAAAGGUCAAAGAAACCACCCCGACACAGAGCCCCGCAAAACAGGGCACCGCUAAACAGGGCCCACUUAAGUCCCCCAAAACUGAGUCUGAGAAGCUGGAGGAGACCAUGUCAGUAAGGGAGCUCAUGCGAUCCUUCCAAAAGGGGCAGGACCCCUCAAAGAGAAAGUCUGGGCUUUUCGAGCUCAAAACCACCUCUACAGAGCAUGAAACAACAGAAUCUGAAUCACAGCCCACUCAGUCCAAAUCCACCAUCAAAGCCACGACAACCCGUUACGAACGGGAAGUAUCACUGGACGCCAUACCUGGCGAGCCCCACAGAGAGAGAGACGAGCAAAUUAGCCCACACCAAAAGCACUCCAAAGAUUUUGGUGCUGAAAUCAAAGCAAAGCUUGAGGACAAUCCAGAGUACCAACAGUUUAGGCAGAUCUCUGUAGAGGGUAGUCCUGCCCAGUCAGACUUAACUGAAAUCGUAGAGUUUCCUAAUUCUGCCCUCGAUGAUAGCUCUGAUAGUUUAAAACAUGAAGGCGUGGCAGACUCUCCCAGUGCCAGCCUGGGUGAUUGUAGUCCUCAUCAUCUGAGCUCUGAGGAUAGCCUCAAACACCAGGGCUUAGCAACUCCUGGAACAAGCCCUGACAGUCUCUCUUUCUCUCCCAAAAACGCUGACCAGUCCACUAAAAACUCAACAGCUGUUACUAUAGCUGUCGAAGAUGACAAGAAAAGUAAGGAUAAGUCUGGAGACUCUGGUGUGGGGACCAUUGAUGACCAGCCAUCAAAUGAAAUAACCCUCCCUGUCUCUUCCAGCAAGGCUGCAGACGACCGCACCACAAGUGAGUCCAUAUCUUUUCAGAGGGCUGAGUCUAAGCCCUCUAAACCGAGAAAGCUUACAAAGAGAGUUUCUGAGACUUUAGAGAACUUCCUUAGUGAUGAGGAGAGCCCUGAUGACAAGCUAGCCUCAGCCUUAGCUGCAACCAUUGCUUCUAGUGCCUCUACCCAGCGUCAAGGAAACUUAGAACUGCCUUUAAGACAGCAAGACUCAGACGCUCUCAGUCCAUUAGCGGACGACUCUUUGACCAUAAGCCACAGAGACUCUCUAGACGAGGGUAGUCCCCUCAUGGAAGACAACUCCUCCCAUAGGACCCCAGACUCUAUCGAGCCCAGCCCAACCAAGGAAUCCCCUUGUCAUGACUCCUUAGAGAGCAGCCCGGUAGAGCAAAAAACCUUCCCUCCUGCUCUAGAUCAGCCCAGUGGGUCCUCUAGCCACCCAGAGCCCUCCAAUGCCCCAGACUUCCCCCCAGACGUGUUGCGUAGUAGGCUACUCAGGGACCAGGAGGCUAGUGCCAACGAUGAUGACAGUAUCGAGCAGACUUUGUCCCAGAUGGAAAGUUCCGGUAAGAGUCCUCUCUCCCCCGACACCCCUAGUUCUGAAGAGGUAAGUUAUGAGGUAAACCCCAAAACCCCCGACCACAUGUUCCUAUCUGUGGUGUCCACACCAGCUGUCAUAACCGAAGACUCAGAGGAAGAUGAUGAUGAGUCAGAAGCACAGAGGAAAUUCACUCCAGAGGAGGAGAUGUUUAAAAUGGCAGCCAAAAUAAAAACCUUUGAGGAAAUGGACCAGGACGCCAGAACCAAAACUAACUCUAGAAAAUAUAUCAGUGCCUCAGCAGGUGACGAAGCAGGGGAUGAUAGCUUCAGAACAGUUGAACUAGAGUCCGCAAAUGAGAGUGGGCUCACUGGGGCCAAAGGGACCUCAGAGUUAGCUCUUUCUGUUGAAUCCCUUAUUAAAGUACAACCUCCCUCUCCUUUUCCAGCAGGUGUGCAUGAAGGAGUCCACCACACAGAGUCCAAGAGUGUAGCUACAAUGGCAGCAGUAGAGGGACCACAAUCUGUCUCAGAGCAGCAUGUCUCACAAUCAGUUCAUUCACACAAACAAACAGACGACAAAGACAGUUUAGCUAAAAUGGCUACCAUGUCUUCCAGCUCUGAGGGGGCUGCAAACAUAACCGAUGAGCAGAAGGAGGAAAGCUUGAGGAAAUCAAGGGGAAGCAAGGAGGAUGAUGGGGGAGGGAAAGAGGCAGAUGCAGGCAGUCUGCAGACAUCUGCUGUAAAGGCUCCCAGCCAGGUAGAGAGAAAUAUAACUGAUGAAGUGAAAGGAGAUUACAGGAGGCACUCAGGAGCCCCUGAGGCAGAAACGUCCUCCACCAUCAUUAUCGGACAAGCGAAGGAAAUGUUCAAACCUGAGAUCUGUAUCUAUGACGACACAGAGGAAGACGAUGAGGAAGAGGAACCUCCCAGAACCGAGUCAAAGGGCGUGACCGCCAACGCGGAGGCAGACCCCUGGAGCGCCAUGCGUGAGGACGAUGAUGCUUUCACGGCCCGCGUCAAAGAGGAAGAGCAGAAGAUCCUGGGUCUGAUGGUGAACCAGCAGUCCCAGGGGGCAACCACGGACACCACCCCAGGAAGGAGCCCCACAGAGGAGAGCACGCCAACCAGCGAGCCCAAUCCUUUCCUCUUCCAAGAGGGGAAGCUCUUCGAGAUGACCCGCAGCGGAGCUAUUGACAUGACCAAACGGACCUAUGAGGACGAGGGCUUUUACUUCUUCCAGAUAGGAGAGCAUCCUCUAGAGGAGGCGCUGUCUGAACAGGUCAGAGAAGAGCCAGGAGAUAGAGCAGCCCCAUUAGACAGUGAAGUGGGUCUCAACCUGACUCUAGAGAUAAAAAUGGAAGAUGAGAAACAACCUAAAGAUGCUUCAGAGGACGAUCAGACAGGUAGCGGGGCUGCAGCAGCCUCCCCUUCUAAAUCAGACGCCUCUAAAUCUAGAAUCCCUAGAAUGGGUCUUUCCGCCUCAGCUAAGAUCACUAAGAAAGACAAAGACUCAGUAUCCCCAGUAUCUCCUGAGGCUUUAGAAGUUAAACCAGAUUCAAUUGUAGAGGAGACCCCCCUAGAGGUAGAAAAUAGUUCCCCAGACCCAAUGAUAGCUAAUGUUGAGACAGCAGUAACUGUCACUCGAUCAGUGUACCCUGAACAAGACCAAGAGUCCUCUGACUCCUCUCCCGAGGAGCAGCAUUCAGUUAUAGAACUCCCCAAAACCAUGGAAAAGACCAAAACCCCAACUUCUAGUGAAAAAGUGAAAAAGAUCCCAACUAAAACCCCAGCUAUAGCUCCAGCCAAGGCUGGCUCCCAAAGUCGGGUUAAAACUUCUUCCUCCUCUACAUACCCUACAUCCCCCUAUUCAGCAACUCUUAAAAAAGAGACCCCCUCCGCAGAGUCAAAAUCGAGAAUACCUGUCAAAGGCAAGGCUAGCCCUGUCAAGCCUGAGCCAUCAGUUAAACAUACUGUGUCUUCCCAGGACACAAAGCUCAAGGUCCCAGUAAAAAAGGACUCGAGGAGAAAGUCUGAGACAGAUGCAGGUCUCUCUGCAGUUCCCAAAACCAAGACUUCGUCUUCCAAAGCCAAGAGCUUCUGUGAGGGAGACAAGACAUCUGCUAAAAAGGGCCAGGUUCGUCCCAUGAGCACUGAUUACUCCACCAAGCCCAAGUCAUGCUUCGGCUUCCAAUCCAGGCUGCCAGUUAGAGGCAAGCUUGGUCAGCCAUCCAACAAUUCCACCCCCGCCAAAGAGAAAAGCAAGCCGCGCAAGAAGUCCACCGAGUUUGUCGAUGAGAUUAGUGACGAAGCGGCAAAGCUGGUUGAGAGAUUGGCUCAGGCCGAGAAAGACAAAGAGCAUGAGGCUGCCAUCUCGGAUGACGAGAGCAGUGGCAUAGACCCCUCCGUCAUAGAGAGGGAGACUUUUCCCGAAAUGCAUUUCCCUACUUCCGGAGACGUCUAUCCCAUUAGACCCCUGUGGGACGACCCUGUUGACACGCAGAUGCAACGAAUUCCCAACGAUACAGUCAGAAGUCAAGUAGAUCUACAGGAUGAAGCCGAAAGGAAAGAGGAACGAUUGGAAAUAAUAGCCGACCACCUGGGCUUCAGUUGGACGGAGCUGGCUCGAGAGCUGGAGUUCAGUGAGGAGAGGAUCAAUCUAAUAAGAAUUGAGAACCCCAACUCACUACAGGACCAAAGCCACGCCCUGCUGAAGCUCUGGACUGACAGGGAUGGCAAACAUGCCACAGAAACUACACUGAUCAAACGACUCACCAAGAUCAACAGAAUGGACAUUGUUCAUCUCAUCGAAACCAAGAUAAUGAAGUCCACCCAGGAGGACGCAUCAUCCCACACCUAUGCAGAGAUUGAGAGGACCAUUGCAAUGGAUCACAGUGAAGGUUUCUCUGCCCUCCAUGAGGACAUAGACAGUCCCCGGCCAGGCAGGCGUACAGACGGCACCCCCAGUGGGCCAGGGUCCAGGCAGGGGCCCUUCCUGGUGUCAGAGGAGGACCUCUCCUCCAGCAUGUCAUCACUGCAUGAGACAUCAGGGCGGGUAGAGAUAGACACUUCAGUAACAGGCCUCCUGAAACACGCCCAGAAGGAGAAGCUGCAGAAAGAGCUGGAGAUGACACAUUCUGUGGGCGGUACACCACAGAGUGGAUCGGAGAAGGCUGAGUCACUACACAUGGGCACUUUUAAACAAGCGGAUGAUCUGCCAGACAUCCCUCCGCAAACAGUGACAGAGGAACAGUACAUGGAUGAGCAUGGAAACAUGGUAGUCAAGAAGAUCACGCGGAAGGUGAUCCGUAAGUACUUCUCUCCAGACGGCGUAGAGAGAGAGGAGGUGACGGUGGAGGGAUCUCACCAGGAGAUGGUCAGUGUGGAGGAAGGAGACGGCUUCUCCAAGGUAGUGAAGAGGACAGUGGUCCGGAGCGAGGGAGAUCAGACCGAGUUGACCUUCUCGGAGCCCUUGGCCCUGGGGGCCACCACGGCCUCAGACUUCGAGUCAGAGCAGGUGCAGGGCCGAAAAGUCAGCAAGGUGGUCAAGACGACGGUGGUGAGGGGCGAGAGGAUGGAGAAGCAGACGGGUGACUCAACGCUGGCUGCAGACCUCCCCUCGGCCAAAGAGGACUUUGAGAAGGCAUUGAGUUAUGCUGGAGGCUUUGGAAAAAUCCAACUUCCUCAUUUAGUAGAGAAAGAGGUUGUGAAGGACGACGGUUCUGUGGUCAAAAGAACCCAGAUGCGUAAGUCUCGUACCCAGAAGAGGACUGUGGUGAGGGACGCCCAGGGUAAGCAUGUGCACCUGGAGCGGCUGGACGACACCCCAGAGACCCUGCAACCCGACGCCCUUCAGCAACACCUGCACCUGCUGCUCCAACGCUACUGCGCCAAGGAGGAGGAGGAAGGAGAGAAAGAGGAGGAGAAGAGAAAGAAGAAGUGAUGGGCUGAUUUUAUUUGCUGGCUGAGUUGUUCUUCUUCCCUGUUGGCCCUGCCCCCCAUACUACAUAAGCCCCCUAUCCACUAAAAGCCUAUGAAGUCUUGUAAGCUCACCCCUGACCUUUACCUUCCACACAGACAUCUCCUGCUAAAGACACUGGAUUGCAUUUUUGUUUUGAUUGUUGUUUUUCCCCUUUUGUGGCAAAUAAUGGAGCACUUUUUGUUAUUUGUGCUUUCACUUUUUUUUGUCCUUUUCCUUUUGACUUUUCCUGUUUUCUUUGCUCAUUUUGUGACCAAAGAUAGUUCCCCCUUUCUCGUCGGGUGACUUAGAAUAUUAUUUGGUCGUUAUCCUUUUUUGGGGGUUCUUUUAGUUUUUGGCUGCUGUGGUACAAUAAACAACAACACAAACAAAAUGCAAUGAAAGGAAAACAAAAACGGAAAAUGAAUAAAGAGGGGGCACCUCUGAUGUUCGCCUCAUGCACAGGCAUCUUCCUAAAGGAACGAUUGUAAACAUUUGUAAAUAAAGGAGAAGUGACAUGCUCGGACUGGGAGAAAACGAAACAAACAGUAGUUCAAAAGCAUUUAUUACAUUUGCCCCAUGGUACCUGCUGUACACGUACGUGCACCAAUCAAAAUCGCUCUUCUGUUCUGAGGUGAAGGGUCAUAACAAAGUUGACCCUUUUCGCCCCACUAGGAGUCAGUUGUCACAAAAAGGUUUCGAAAGAUACUGUAAAAAGGGAGGGAAUGCCAUAGUGUUUCAUCAAGGACUUCAGAGUCAGAUAAGCGCAAAUAUGUGAUCUGAACCAACAUUUGACUGAAGCAAAUCCCCCCCAUAUAACCCUCCGCUACAGUUCUGUAGUGCUGAGUGAUUAACCGAAAUGUUGGUUAUUUUUUGGUUUUAAACAACUAUUUGACUGAUGUCGGUUCAAUUAUUUGAAUUCCAUUUAGUUUGGGGUUUUUCUGAGCUCAAUGUGCACAUUGUGCUGUAGUUUCUCUUGAUAUAAAUCAGAUCAUGCCUGAACUGUGAGAUGUUGUAGUUUCCAACAGGCCAAUGUUCUAUAUAGUUUAGCGCAGAAAACAUGAUAAUUAACUACAAUGACCAUAAUCCGUUGUGUGGCUACUUGUCCGGUCUUCCGCGAUCAACAAGGGAUACACAUUGAGCAGUUUCUUCACGAGGUAUCUCUACCUGAAAAUACAUGAUCUAAGUGAUUGAUACAGUAGUUGGUAUUCAGCAGUCAUAAAAGUAUGC